AUGGCCACCAUCCAGCUCCCCAACGAGCUCAACCUCUCCCCACAUCUGAGCGCCCACAAGUACUUUCUUGUGUGCACUCUCACCGUCGCCGCCUGGGACUCUCUCGUUCUCUCCCCCCGUACCUGGCGUCUCUGGAAGACUCCCGGAUGGCCGACGCUCAAGAUUCUCUUCCACUUUCUGCGUAUUUGGAUGCCCGUAGAGUUCAUCAUCGUCUCCGUCGCCUUUUUCGACACAAAGUGGCCUGUCUCGUCUUGCGAAAAGUUUUAUCUCUUUGAGCCCAUCGCCACCGCCGUUCUCCUCGCUGCCAACUCUGCCGUCCAUGUCAUCCGAAUCCACGCCAUCUACGACAAGAAUCGCAUGGUCCUCAUCCUUAUGGGUGUUCUCUUCUUCAUCCAGGUUGUCGUGACAGCAAUCGCUUGUGGUUUCUAUCGAUCCGUGCCUCUUCUCGAGGGUCAGGGUUGCAUUGCUGGCCCCAAACACAACUGGGUCGGUAUUUACUGGGUCGGCCCCACCCUCCUUUACACUGUUUCCCUCGCUUUGGCUCUCAUGCGCUCAAUCAACUCUCUCAAACAGCGCCCCCUCGGCGCCUGGAAGCUCAUGCUCCGUGAUGGUCUUAACCUCUACGGCGCUAUCUGGAUCGUCAACAUGGCAAACGUUCUUUUCUGGUUCAUCAUCACCCCCGACGACGAGGCUGACCCCAUCAAAACCAUCGUCACAUCCAUGGCCGCCGUCCUUACCACUUCCAUGACCCUCCGUAUCAUCCUUUCCGUCCGCGGAACCCUCGACCACGGAGGCUCCUUCGCCCUCUCCGCAUCAACCGGCGCCACCUCUUCUCGCACCACCCAUGUCAUCUCUGGCAGGUCCGGCAACAACGCCACCCACAUCAGCACCCACACCCCGCACACCUACACCCUCGACGACCUCCGCUCCAAGCCCGAGGGCGACUGGCCCAGCGCAGACGGCGAUACCAAGAGCAGCGUCCACGAGGACGCCGUCAAGGGCCUCGCCCGCUCCGACUCCCACAACGCCGGUGUCAAGAUCACCAUCGACAGGGAGAUUGGCUAUGACGAGAAUGGCGAGCGCUACAGAAAAUAA